GGAACGGUUCCUACCAGAACAAGUUCCUUGACUCUGCUGAUCCUUCGUCUGCACAGCUGAGAGAGUCUCUCUUCUGCCAUUAUUAUUACUCCCACUGAAGUAGACAACAUUCUUAUGAGAGGACACCAUGGCCACGAAUAAUGAGGCGAUACUGGAGGAAAUAGAGGCACUGCAGGCAAUAAUGUUGGAUGAAGUGACGGUAUUACAAGGAGAAAGUGGUGUGCCAAAUGGUGUGGAGGUCACUGUAGUACCAGCUACGGCCCAGAACAUUGAUGAACAGCAUGUGAGAGUCACAUUGGUUUUGACAUUACCACCUGAGUACCCAGAUGUUCCUCCUAAUAUCAUACUGAGGAACCCAAGGGGAGUAGAUGACUACGUUUUAAUGAAAAUCCAGAAGGAGAGCAAACAGAAGUGUGAAGAAUUCCUGGGUUGUCCUGUGAUUUAUGAGUUGAUUGAAGUUGUCCGGGACAAUUUGACUGCAAACAAUGCUCCAAGCUGCCCUUGUGCCAUAUGUUUACAUCACUUUACGGACACAGAUGUUUUUACUAAGACUUUAUGCUUCCAUUAUUUUCAUUCAUACUGCUUGGGAAGGUACAUUGCUAGUUGCGAGGAUGAAGCAGCUGCUGAGGAAGAAGAGCCUCAACCUGCAUGGAUGGCACGAGAAAAGAAGCCCAUCAUGUGCCCAGUUUGCCGAGAUCCUCUACAAAAGGAGCUGAGUAGUGCUGAGUUGCUGAUGUGCCUUCCACCUGAGGAGGACAAGACUGUUGCAGAGUUUAGGGCUGAUGAUCCAGAUAUAAUGGCUCUUCAGCAACGCAUGGCCAGACUAUACGUGGAACAGAAGGAGAAAGGUGGCAUUAUUGAUCUUGAGGAAGAGAAGAACAAAUUUUUGCUCUCAUCCAAUAGGGUGGAGUCUUGUGAAGGACUGGAUGAAGGGAGUAAUGGAGAUAUGGCAGGUACAAAGACUCUUGAGUCCUCAUCAGACUUGCCUCAUGAGGAGCUGCCUGUUACGCCUCCUCACACUAAGAGAGGAGGACGUCUGGGGCAACAACACAAACAGCAUUCUCAGAAGGCAUCGUGUGGCGGUCAUGGUCGACAUCAGUGGAGGAAUAACGAUCAGAGUGGAGACGUUAGAUACUGGGGAGGUAACCGUGGAGGGAGAGGCGGUGGGAAUGGGCGAGGUCGUGGCAGCCGUCCUAAUUAUCAUGGCCAUUCCAGGAUAAUAUCUGAACCACAUGAUUACAAUUCGUACACCUCAGACUACAAGUCUUCACAAGUUAUCGACAAUGGUUAUGGACACAGCAAAAGGGACCUUUCCCAUGAAAACGGUUAUUAUAAUUCUGGGGACAAUAGAUCUGGAGGAAUGGACAUGAGCAAUGGUGCUGGUGGAAUGGGUAGAAAGGGACCAAGAGGACCUGGUGGUCGACACCGCUAUACUCCAGGCAGAGGAAGGGGCCGUGGACCACCACCACCUGGCUUUGCCCCAUCACCCUACCGUCACUCAGAUCAAGAUCUGAGUUGACGAUUGUGGCCAGCAGGGUUGCAUCCACCCUGUCUCCUCUUCUCAAAUCUCUGGCUUCUUAUUGUUGUUGUCCCAAGUAUUAUUAAUGUAACUUCUUUAAACUUCAAGUAUUCUGCUUAUUUAAAUUCACCAAAAUAUAAAUGUUUUAGCGUUAGUUUUGAAAGAAAUUUCAUGUUUGUCACAUUUAGGUCUGUAGUAAAAUGUAUUGAAUGUAAAUGUAUGUCAUACUUCCAUAUUUGCUCUUUAUUCAUUAAAAGAUUAUGUUUAAAACAUAAGCGUAGCAAUAUCUUGUCACACGACUUGAGACACUCACCAGAAUUUAGAAUAAGGGAAUCCGAUAUUUUCACUUUUCCAUUUCAUUCACAGCUUUGACAGGAAAAGGUAAUCACCGCCUCUCUACUUGUUAGGAAUAAGAAGCAUUCCAGUUUUGUCAGUAUUUGUAUACCUGGUAAGGUUAACGGCUGUUUGCGUGAUGAUAUUAGCGUUACAAGGUGUUACUGUCGGUUGUUGGAAAGCUGUAAUGCACACUACAGAAAAGUUUAUUUUUAUGUUACUAUCUUCUAUCGAUUAGGUUUGUAUCUGUUCUUUUUGUAUUCAAUAUUACUGUCCUAUAUGUUAAGUUGGACAGUGGUUAUAGGAUUUGGAUUUUAUGAAACAUUUUAUUUUUUUACAGGCACAAAAUGUAUAAUUUUUUGUAUAGGAAGAAGACUUUAUAUUGGUUUAAAGUAUAUUCUUAUGUACAAGCAGUGUGUGUGUUUUUCUGGGAGCUUCCACAUAUUAAUACUAUUUGUGCGGGUGAGGCUUAAAUUGAGCAAUACAAAGUACAUCAGUUAGCAAAUAAGGAUGUGGGAGGACUUCAGAAAUCACUGGAUUCUAAGUGAAAACUGUGUGUUCAAGAUUUCUAAACAAAGAUGAACCCUUUCAUGUUGCGAGUCCAGUCUUGUGUGCAUGUCAAGUGUCUAAAUGAAGCGAGUGGUUAUCAUCUAGUGAAUAUGCAUUUAAGACGAGUAUAAAUCUUAGGGUCUCGGCCAUUUCUGAGUUCUCCCAACUGAGAAAGUAAUUUUGUAUAGGUUGAAUUUUCAAAGAUGCUGUUGGCUUUAGAAAAGUAUUACAAAUGACUUGUAAAGUCUAGUCUUUAAAUUUUAAGGGUCAAUAUUAUGUAUAUAACUGUCACUCACACAUACAUACAUUUGAUAAUGGAAAGUUUUUAAUUUGACUCAGGAUCCCUUAUGUUUAGGAACUAGUAAUGGGACUUUAUACUUUGGUGAUUGAAUUUUUUGAAUGUGGUAACGCUUCCAUUGCAACAAGAAAUUGAAAAGCUCCAAUACCGUUUUGUUAAGGGGGUCAAUUCUUUUCAUUUGUCAUUUUCAUUUUGGGUGUGAAAGCAGAUAUGCUAAACUGAGUAUAUUCAAGCCUUAGUACAGACAGGAUUAUAUGGGAAGAACUUGUAUUUUUCUGAUUACUAAUCUUUGUGAGUUUUUAAAAGAAGGUAAAGUUGUAGGCAACACCUUUUGAAAAGGCAAAAGUUUAGUCAAGGGUAAAUGCAGUAUCGUACACUAUAACAAUGUUUCUCUUUUAUUGAUAAGUGGUACUGUAGUUCAAUAUUUUAUUUGAAAUUGAGUCUCUGUUAGUGAAUAAUAGAUAAAUAGCAUCCAUCUCCAGCAUAAUUUUAGCUAAACUACUUUCUUGCCUUGGAACCUUCCCCCCUUUUUUUUUCUUUCAUGUCAGGAGUAUUUGUACUUUGGAUCCUUGGACAUAGUCAUUUUCACCCUCAGUAGUUUCAUGUCGCUUUCAACUCUGAAAUGUAUAGUUUUACAAAUGAAAAUACUCAAUGGUGCUUGCAUCUACAUAAUGCUACUCAGUAGUACUUGUCCUCUGUUGAAAUGGUGUAGCCACCAUAUAAGCAAAUUUGUGUGCAGUUUUAAAAAACUGUUGACACUCUGCCAUGGCCAGUUUAUCAGAAUUGCAAGGUUAAAUGUAUGUUUUAUGUUUUCAGUGGUAAAUAACCUGUUUCAGUGAAAAAGUGAGAAGUUUUAUGUUUAUUUCAUUAGGAUUUGGUGUCCUUUAUUUUUGAAUGUGAACCAUUGCAAGUUUUUCUGGCUGGUUAUGUAGUCAUUGCUAUUGUUUGGGCAUUAACUUUUGUAGAGACAUUUUUGCAAAGUCUGGUAGUACAGUAAUUGUAAAGAAGCAGUUAAAUACUCUUACAGGUGAUUUGUGGAUAGUUUGUAUGAUAGUCUGUUUUUAUCAUAGACAUUGGGAAAGGAUUUGUGGAGUUACUUGCAGAAAAGCUCAUUCAUUUUCAUUUUAGUAAAGCCAAAAAUAUCAGAAGAAUUUUUAAUGCAGAGGAAAAGGAUGAUUAUGUAUUGAAGUUUUGUUUGAAGUCCAGUUUUCAUUUAUAUGGAGGGUUGCAAACUCAUGAGUGGCAGUAUUGUCUUGUAUUGCCAUUUUUUUCUAAUUUAGGAGAAUUUGAAAAUUCUGUUUCAGAAGACAUUGAAAGAAGUUAUAGAGCUUGUAGUGUUAAGUGUGGUUGUGAAAAUUGGACCCAAAUAUUCCUUAGAGUAAAUUGAGUUAUUUAUACUCUUUUCUGUUACCAAGUAUUUGUUUAGUGUUGCAGUGUUAAUUGUCUGUCAUUCAUGAACAGCUUUUGUUAAUGUUAUUAAAAUGAUCAGUCUCUGUGAUUAUUAUCAUAUAGUAAUGUUUUUACAUCAGAUUUUCCCUUCAUAAUGUUAGCCAUGAAAUGAGUCCUCUCUCUCUACACUUGUGUACUUGUGUAUUGCCUGCUUUUUCCUUAAAUUUCCAUGUCCUCUUUCUAGAAUUUUCCUUGCAUUCCUGUUGAUCUUCAUCCCAUUAUUUUGCUAUUACCAUAUCUACUAACUGUUCUUUAUCCAACCUCGACGUAUAUUUCAACCAUAUUAUUCUUUGCAAAGUUCGUCUACUUUCCAUAAGAUUCAUACUACAGGUGUCUCCUCCUUACUUCCUCAUUUGAAACAUGGUCAGUCUGCUUCCCUCUUCCCUCGACUUGUAGCUUUCUCCAGUCUACUCCAUUCUUAUUGUCGGAUCCCAUGUGUGCUACACAGUUUAUUACAGGUCGUAUAAAUACAUCACAGGUAUUUUCACUGCUUUAUGAUUUGAUGCUCUUAUUUCCUUUCUCCAUGAGAUUUAGUUUCCUUAUAUGUAUUGAAUUUCAGUCCUCUUCUUUCCAUUCCACUCCUCCAUCCUUUUAAGUAUUUCUGCAGCCUAUCCGUCAGAGCCUUCUUUUAAUACUAGUUCAUCUGCUUUUUGUGUUGCAGCUCCCAGGGGCUUUCCUUUUUGUAUUUUUUUUUUUUAGAUUCCUCCUUUAUUAUAUGGUAAACAGCAAAGGACUUAUGGCUGAUUUUUAAUGGACAUAUAACAUUUAUCUCCAUUUUUUCAGAAAUAUCUGCCACCAUCUUCCUGUAGGUAUUGUUAUAGUACAGUAAUAUCACUAGCUCAGUGAGUCUUUCCAGUACCCUUUUGCUGUCCUAGUACUCAUUUAGUUACUUGUUACGGUACUUUGUUAGAUGCACAAUCUCUUCUGUGCAUGAUUCUGUUUUGUAGUGUCACCUGUUUUCUAUUUCUCCCACAUGAAACCAAACUGUCAAUUAUUGAUUGUAAAAGUUUUGCUUUGCCAUCAAACACCAGUAAUAUUUUCAUAGUAUGCUUUUCUGUUAGUCCUCUGUAAAUUUCUUUUAUUUUUUGUGUUGCCAUAUUUUGUUCUAAGCGGUCUGGUUCCAUCUUGUCCUUUAUCUUCUUUUAGUAUACCUCAUCAGAUGUUAUGUUCUCUAUUAUCCAUUGUCCCUUUAUCAUGCUAACAUGCUUCAGUUGAUAUUCAUUACCUUCAUUCACAAGAUUCCAGUACUCUUUUUUUUUGCUUCAACUCUAAUCUCUUCAUUUCCAUUUUUGUAUAUGUUUUGUCACUUUCAUUUUUGUGUAUUUUUUUCCUUUUUGUUUACAGUAUAGAUUUUAUAAACUUUAAUUAUAAAUUUUGUUGUAUGGUUUUGGCUUGGUGGUAGUUGAUUGAAUAGGUAAUUUAAUGCUUUCUAGUCCAUGUGAAAAAGAAUAGGAAAGGUAAAGAGAGUGGGCAAAUAUCAAGAAAGCCAUACACAGGUUUUAAGAUUUAAGAAUUAGAGAAUUAUAAAGCAAGAAAGAAAAGUUAGGAGAGGCAGCACAGUUUGAGAAUUACCAAUCUCCACAAAUGUUUUUAUUAUGUACUACACACAAAAUUCUGUUGCUAGGGCGUCUGACUUUCUGUUACAGUAUGUGUUAUAUGUAGUCUGACAAUUUUGGGUGUGACUAGAGGUUAGUAUGACUGGAAGUCUAAUGGUGCAUGAAGACCACAAGUAACAUGUAAAGAAGAAGAAUGGUGCAUAAGGCACAUCAGAGGACAUGAGGGGCUCAUGUACUUAUUGGGGAAAAGUCAGGCCAUCAUGUGAGCUUCAGGAGUCCUCAUAAGUGCAGGGUACAGGACACUUGUAGAGUUCUACUAUUGACCUCAGUUGGAUCUGAUAGCAUGGAAGACAACAGACAACAUUACACACCUGUGCGAAAGUUUGGAAGUGCAUACUCUGUCUGUUUUCCACAUUUUAAGAAUACUGAUGAGUAUAACAAUCUUAAUGUCUAGAUAACUGGAUGAUUCCUUGUAACUACUGUUGCUGAAGGUAGAUAACCCAUAGUGACUUCUAUGUGGUACAAGCUUAUAUGAGUCUUGGUUUUGUUUGUUUUCAUAGCACAGGAAAAAGAUACUAUAUCUGGCUUGUUACUGUGACUUUAUUACCUUUUGAUGGAGAUUUACAUUCGUGAUAGGAAAGAUGUAGAUGCUCCAUCUAUUGCUACUCCUGUGCUAGGUGAUUUUUUGGAAAGACUAAGGAUGACACUUUCCUAGCCAAGCAUGACUACUGUACAUGGACCUGAUUAAAGUGCAUUCAUGCCAAUUAUCCUGACUUCUUAUGUAUAUUUGUGCUCCCCACAAAGAACAACCAAAAACUCCAGUUGAUUUAAACUAUGGGACCAUACUUGCAAAGGGCAGUGUGUAGAGAGUUGGGAGUUCUGGUACUAUUCUGAAUGUUUUGAAGGCUGUAUGCAUGUUGGUAAUUUUGAUAGAUUUACAGGUGCUAUUCAGCAACAAUCUCUCAUUUUAUUUUGAAGAUGUCAUCACUCCUGUCUGUCUGAUAGUCACAAGGGGUUGUAAUCGUAAAUUUCUGGUCAUCCAGCUGCUGCCAUCAUAAUUCCUUACCUCAGCCUUAAACACACUCCAUCUCAGAGGUCAGCAUCCAUGCUGUGUGUUCAGACAUAUCAGUGGGCAUAGUUCAUGCCAUUUUGUAUGACUGAAUAACUUUGAAAUAACUAAAGAAUUUUCAAGUCAGUGGUUGCCCUCCUUAGUAAUAAUUUGGUAUGAAUUAAAAUGAGGAUGGUAUGGAAAUUCUAAGUUAUUUUAUUUCGUGGACACAAACCUCGUAAUUUUAUGGGAAAUUCUCUCCACUUGUCAGAAUUUGCAGUUUGUACACAUCUCUGGUCAGUAGGUUUGCUAAAUAGGUUCUAGUUGCUGACAGGUCACUGUCAGCUCUGAUUGGGUGUUUGAUUGGGUGUUAGAUUUGUUAUUUGGCAUAAAUUAAGAUAGAGUUUGUGUUCCUGAAUUGUGAAAACUUGUUUUCAGUGGAUAUCUGGUAAAGGCCAGCAAAUUGUAUCUUGUAUACAAUAAGUGUCUGGUUCUUGGAAGGGCUUGGAAGGGGGAUUAGUACUUUGAUUUGCUAAAGAUUCAGUAGAGUAGUUGAAGGAGUGGGUAAUAUCUGAAUAGUUUGAACAUUCUUUGCUUCUUUAUGCUAAGAGUACUACUGUCAAUUGCAUCUUUGCUUACUAUGCAUGGUAGAAAUUGUCUUCUGUUAUCAUUUCAAAGUUUCAUGAUGUGUCAUCUUUUACUAAUCUGUUAUCUGUGGAUAAUUCUUAUGCUUUUGAAUAUAGUCAGGUUAGUAUUCUGUUAAUAAUGGAAUUUGCAUAAUGGGAUGAAUUUUUUAUCCAAUCUUUCUGUUGGUAUGUAUUGUUUAGUGGUUGCUUUCAUUUCACCAUUUUGCAGAUGCGGAUUUUUUAAUCCAUUUCUUAUUUAAUGCCUUAAUUUGCCUGUUUGAUAAAGCAAUUGUUAUCAUGGUGCCAUAUUAUAUAAUAAUUGUUAAGGCUGUAAAUUUAUGUAGAGGCUUUAUGGCUAAUGCUGUAUGCUUUUGAUUUUGCAAGAUCUACAAUUUAAUUUCCUGAUUCGUAUUUUUGUGGUAGGUUUUCAGCAACUGAUUUUCUAAAGUUCACGUUUGAUCCGUCCAGAAAAAAUGUCAUACUGUUAACCAGUACAGCAAUGUUUGGUGGACGGAGGGAAGCCUUUUAGUUCAGAGGUAAGUUGUAUACUCUUCUUUUUUUUCUCUCUCUCUAAUUGAUACAUUAUGCAUAUUAUGAAAUCUAAGAGAGUACUUCACAAGCUGUUCUGUGUUGUACGUACUCCAAGGCUUGGUUGUCAUGAUUUUACUUGAGCAUCACAUUUUCUUUGAUUCUUUUAGUAAUUUAGUAUCAUUGAUACCUUGGUGUGUGGCCUUGCAGUGUCAAGUUACUGUCUGUCCUAAUUUUAUUGUUUAUUUAAGCCACCCUAAAAUGAUUGGUUCAAGCUUGUCAUAAACUCUGAUUUGCAUACUGUACCUGGUAACAGAAAUGAUGUCCAACUAUGAAUUCAUUGUUAGAGAGGAUUGGUUAUUUUAUGUAAAGUGUGAAGCAUAUUUUUUUGCUUUUCAUAUAUUUUACAUUGCCUUAUUAUAAAGCAAAAUUUGCUGAUAUGAAUUGAUAGUCAUUGUGAUACUCUGCUGAGAGGUAUUGUGUUUAUAUUUAGAAACCAGGCAGCAUUUGGUGUAAUAGAGGGAUUAAAGCUUUGUAGAAAAGUGAUCGUUCAGGAGAAGUAAGAAAGUAAAACAGAAGGCUGCACUUCUGUCAGUUUGUUGUGUAGCACGUGCGUGUGUUUCAUAUUUCUUGUUUUGAAUUUUUUUUUCCCAAAAUACUUCUCAUGAAGCUGUUUUGAAAUAAUAAUGAAUAUGUUCCAGUUAUAAGACUGAACACUGGAGAGAUCUGUAAAGCUACGAAUAAAAAAAAAUUCAGGUCUGUUGACAUAUUACUGAAAUAUUUGAUUGAAUUAGACAUGGGAGCCAGUAGGGCAUUUCAGUUAAUCAUCUAUUGGAGUUUUGAUAUUUCAUAAUUUAAUUCGGAAAGUAUAACCAUACUUCAAGAAAUGGUGCAUCAACAUGGAAAGUAAAAUGUCUUUCAUAGAAAUAUGUAUUUCAUUGUUUACAGGAAGCAGGCUCUAUUAAGUAUGUAUAAUGGAAUCUUCAAAUUAUUUUAUGUAUGACCCUAAUUGCCUACCUAUGCCAAUGAAAUAGGGUUUCUAUUUAAUGCUGGUACUUUGUUUGGUUUUGCGACUGGAGGAUCAAGCACAUUUCUUUUCACUUUGUCUUUAUCAUUGUUCAUUUACAGUCAUUGCAAAGUGCCAACAUUUCUUAUAAAGGGCUCCACGUUAGAGGUCAUGCACUCUUAAAUGUUUUGAUGGAAAAUGUGUAACUUGACAAUUUGAAACACAAAAUCAUUCCUGUUGAAAUUUCUCUGCCAUUUAUGUGAAAUUGUAGUGCUCUGGUCCAUGAUUACUCCUGUAACAGCUAUUUCUUUACUGUUAGGUCUAUCUUUGUGUAUGUUAGGGGUUUCUGUCUUUUAAGGGUAACUUAAGAUUUUCUCCCAUUCUAGAUUUUUCUAAUUAAGCAAAAUCCAUGACUGUGUAAUUGUUCCCCCUGAACCUGAAGUUAAAUUCAAUAAAGUGUCAAAGUGA